AUAGAAUUAAUAAGAAGCUGCUUCUCUCUCCUCCUCUUCUCUCUCCUGCAAUCCCUCGUCGUCUGCCAUUACUCUUCCCAUUUUUCUCUUCGUCUCUGACAUUUUUACUUCGCACUCACUCGCUUUCACCAGUCUGUUGAAUCUUUUUCUGCUGCUUCGAUUUUCCACUCUCUACACUUCUUACCUUGUUCUCUCUUCUUCAUCUCCUUCUCUCUAUCUCAGUCGAAAAAUUUCUCCUCUCGCUGUGUCUGGAUCUCAUUGUCUUGCUAUCCGUUUGCUUGGAUCUUCUUCCUGCUUGUUCCUAAAAUCUCGCAGGAUUUCAUUUCUUCUCCUCUUCAGCUUCUUCCUUUGAUUUUCUUUCGUUGUAAUUUUUGCCAAGCCUUUCUUCUUCUUCUUCUUCUUCUUCUUCUUUCCCGCUUCAAUUCGCUCUAUUGCGUGCCUUGAGCUUGGGUUCUGAUUAUUUGGAUCUACUAAUUCUUCACUUUGCUUUUUUUUCGGGUUCAUUUCUAGACGGUAGCUCCAAUUCAUGAGCUUGCUUUUUGCUGAUUUAGAGGAUUUAUUAGGGUCUUCCGUUUUGUCGGCCCUGUCAGCUAUUGGUCCUUGGCGCACGGCAACUGUGGUUUCUCUCUUCUACGAGUGAGCUGAAGACUCCUAUUUUGGCGAUUUACUGAUUUGCAGCUUCCCUUUUUGGAUGUACUUGUUCGUGUCUUCUUUCGGUUAUUGGUAGGGAUUGGUUUGUGAUUACAAAGAGAUGAGUCACACUACAAAUGAAAGUGAUGAAGGAAUACUGCCUAAGGAUCAGAUAUUCACUGAUGAAGGAAAUAGUGGGGGAAGUGCUGGGGGUGGCAUUGUUCUGAAGAAAGGACCAUGGACUUCAGCUGAAGAUGCAAUUUUAAUUGAUUAUGUCAAGAAGCACGGGGAAGGGAACUGGAAUGCUGUUCAGAAGCACUCAGGUCUGUCUCGUUGUGGAAAAAGCUGUAGAUUACGUUGGGCAAAUCACCUGAGGCCAAAUUUGAAAAAGGGGGCAUUUAGUCAAGAGGAAGAACAGCUAAUUAUUGAGCUCCAUGCCAAAAUGGGAAACAAAUGGGCACGCAUGGCUGCACAUUUGCCGGGUCGUACAGAUAAUGAGAUAAAAAAUUACUGGAAUACCAGGAUUAAGAGACGACAACGUGCUGGUUUACCUCUCUAUCCCCCUGAAAUGUGUUUGCAAGCAUUCAAAGAGAGUCAACAAGGACAGAACGCUAGUGGAAUUAAUAGUGGAGAUAAGGGGCAUCAUGAUCUCUUGCAGGCCAACAGUUUCGAGAUACCUGAUGUCAUAUUUGACAGCUUAAAAGGCAGCCAUAGUGUUUUACCCUAUGUUCCUGAACUCCCUGGUAUGUCUAAUAGCAGUAUGCUGAUGAAGGGUUUCAGUUCUUCUCAAUAUUGCAGCUUCUUGCCACCAAGUACUCAUCGUCAAAAGCGUAUACGAGAAUCAACAAGCCUACUUGCUGCGUACGGUGAUAGUGUUAAAGAUGAUUUCUCCUCCUUUAAUAGUUUUCAUGAUAACAUUCAUCAAAAGGUAGCUAGAUCUUUUGGGUUGUCUUUCCCGCAUGAUCCUGAUCCAAAUGCAAAAACCCCGGAUGCUUUUGGUGUCGAUCAAGGUGGCCAUACCCUUUCAAAUGGCAAUUUCUCUACUUCUAGGCCCAUAUUGGAGGCCAUGAAGUUGGAGCUCCCUUCACUCCAAUAUCCAGAGACUGAUUUAGGUAGCUGGAGCAGGUCUUGUUCACCUCCGGCUUUGCUUGAACCUGUUGAUGCUUUUAUCCAGUCUCCACCACGUCUUGGAACAGACGAAUCUGAUUGUGUUUCUCCUCGGAACAGUGGCCUCCUGGAUGCAUUACUCCAUGAGGCAAAAAAUAUUAGUUCUACAAAAAACCAUUCCCAUUCAUCUGAAAAAGUUUGCAGUUCAACUAUUCUUGCUGAUAUGGGGGACAGUUCCACCCCACCUAUGUGUUGUGACCCAAAGUGGGGAGAAUAUGGUGAUCCCCUUUCUCCAUUGGGUCAUUCUACAACUUCACUUUUCAGUGAUUGCGCUCCAUUUAGUGCCAGUGGAAGCUCGUUAGAUGAAUCACCACCUGCUGAAUUUACUGGGUGCAAAUUGAAGUCAGAAUCAGUUGACCUAGCUUGGACUCCAGAGGGGAAAGAGGAGCCAACUCGAUUCAAUAUUACUCAGCCUGAUAUUUUACUUGCUUCAGAUUGGCUCGAGCAGAAUUCUGGUCACGUCAAAGACCCAGGCAUGGUGAGUGAUGCCUUAGCGAACCUUCUAGGCGAUGAUUUGGGGAAUGAGUACAAGCAGAUGGCAGCUGGAGGUUCAUCGGGUCAAGGAUGGGGACUUGGUUCCUGUGCUUGGAAUAACAUGCCUGCUGUGUGUCAAAUGACUGAAUUACCAUAAAGAGAGAUCUGCAAUGUCAAAAAUCGAUGAACUUUGUUAGAAACUUAUCGUUUAUUCUUGCUUAAUUGAUGUCGGUAACUUUGCCUAAUCUGAGUUGGUAAGACCUGGAGAGUUAAUGGAGACACGGUUAUUCUGUUUGUGGCACUCAAUUUUUCUGUUUUUUGUUAUAAGAACUCUGGUAUACAGAUGAUGUCCCUGUUUUGUUGCAAUCUGAGAAUAACAAUGCAUUUGCAAUGUGGAAUUCAGGCUUUUGAUUAAAGAUGGAUUGUAUUUGCCC